GUUGCCGCAGAACAAGGAGCCUCUCGCCUCCAGCCCUUGGCUCAGUCGUCGCUGGUGUCUCUGUCGCAGUUUGGCGUUUCCAGCACCCCGCGGAUAACGGUCGACUGAACUGCACUCGGAUUGCAAAAAUCACGAGAAGGAAGCUAUGGGCAGUCAAGGACCAAGAGUCGUGAGAGGCAUCAACCUCGACGCUCUCGAAGACGAAAUGAAGCUCAUGGAAAUCCUUGACUCUACGGAGGACUUUGAGGAACGGAAAGUAGUGCGUUCCAGACUACAAGAAGUGAAGGCCGUGGCUAGAGCCAAACGCGAAGAAAUGGUCCGACGGCGCGAAGAAGAUCGUGAGAACACCAUCAGGCAGCGACAGCAAGAAGCAGCAGAGCACAAGCAACGCACUCUAGCAAUGUACGACCAGAUGGCCAAGUCAGGACCCGCAGGUGGUAUCAAGAAAAUGCCUAGCCAAGAUCAAGAGGGCGAACAGAAAAUUGACCUCGUGGAAGACGCCAUUCAACAGCGACAGAGGGAAGCCGAUCUUCGGAAGAAACGGAUACUGGCCGCUUAUGACGCGGCAGCCAAGACUGGUCCUGCUGGUGCGAAGGUCGUCGACUUUGAGUCUUUCAAGAGAGCCGACGUGUCAAACUACGAACCACCGAAACCCACUGGUGCAGCAACUGGAAGCUCUACAUUUUCCAUGUCUGGCGGUGUUCCAAAGAUUGUGAAAGUGUCCGCCACUCCGCCGGGGACCCCCGUGACAACAUCGCAGGCCAUGUGGGAGGACGACCUGGACCCCAUGGAGAGGGGCAUCCGCGCCCGACAACGGGAAGCGGAGGAGAGAAAGCGACGUACUCUGGCUGCCUACGCCGUAGCUGCUCGUUCGGGGGAUGCUGGACCCAAGUCCGUUUGCCUCGAGGAGUACCGGAACCUUGCAGUACCUGAAGAUGCGAGACAAGAGAACCCGUUCAGCUGCACAACAGGCUUCAAGGGGGGCAUUGCAAACGUGCGCCCUCAACAGCGUGCUGGUGCCAGAUAGGCCAAUCACGACGCCGAUAUAGAAACGCUAUCCACAAUUUGCUCACGUCUACAUAGAUAAUGAUCUCGACAGGCUGGAAACAAUGGGUUACAGUUGGCCAGAUUUAGCGCAUAAUUUUUUUGUUGUUGUAAUUAUUAUUUAUGAAUAUUUUUGUAAAAAUAACGUGUCAACCGGGAACUUGGCGGCAGGAUGGCAACAGAGUCUUCCGUUUCUUGUCUCAAAUGAGCUGCUGUAUGGCAUGAAUGGGGGCAUAAUAUAAUUAAUUAUUAACUAGCGAUUACGUAAUAGUCGGCGGUUAUAUAAUCAAAAGAAAACGUGGUGAGAAGGAAUUUAUUUUGUGUAAACUUCAACGCGGCUACCGUUAAUGGUUCCGAUACAAAAAUCUUAAUUCCUCUUAACUCCUCCUUCCAUGCGAACUACUGGUGAGUAACGUGUUUAAUUUGCAGCACAUAUAUUUUUGUAACCACCUUUUUGCAGGCCAUGGGAUCUCGCGGAUGAUGGAUCCCUAUGGAUGUCCUUUUUCUUCCCGUUCACGUUUUGCUGCCUGUUGCACUAACCCAAGCUGCUAAUAUCGACCCUCUGCCUUUUCUGGUUUUGUUGUCCCCUGCUGCCAUUACCCUGUAUUCAAAUUCGUCCUCGGUGUAUAAUGCGGACGAUGGUGUGCUGGUCGGUAGAAAAGAGAAAUUACGCAAUAAAUAGCCAGAGUGCACCAAACUGC